GGGUUUUCAAGUCCUCGCGUUGGUGAGUUCUUCGCGUUGGAUAAAGUCAAGGAAACAACAUGGAGGUCAUUAAAGUACUGCUAGCAGCUCUCCUCUGCAUUUCCCAAGUCGCGGCGACGUGUCCCGAGAGCGAGCAGAUCCACUGCGGGAGUAGCGAUAGCUGCACGAGGAUCCGCUACAUCUGCGACGGAGACAACGACUGCGGCGACUAUUCCGACGAGGAGAGCGGUAUCUGCAGGGCUUGGCGCAAUGAGUACUGCGAGCGAGGCUCCGUCAGGUGUCGCAGGAUGGGAGACACCAACUGCGUGACCAUCAGCCGCUACUGCGAGAUCUCCGACCCGCCGUGUGAGGGGGACCUGGACAGGCGUCUGUGCCAGAUGUUGAGGGAAGAAAAACUUCGGCCUCUUGAAGAGAUCAUCCUGCCGUCAGAAGUAUCUGUUGUGAGACAGUCAAGCGUUGAAGAGGCCGAGGCUUUGGGAGAGGAAUUCCUUGAGAAGAUCAACGCCACCAUCAGCCACCCCGACUGCCCUCAGUUCUACACCCGCGUCGGCGACCGGUGCCUGUCUGUCUUCUUCUUUGGAAAGGUCAACUGGGGAGAAGCUCGCUCCUUCUGCAAGGCGAUUGGCGGCGACCUUGUGACCCUCCACGACGGCGCCGAGAAGUUCCACGAGCUCGUCCACCUCCUCCGCGAGCACCAUAUCACCACAGACUUCUGGGUGGGAGGAAAUUUGAAGAAUGAGACGGAUGGCUGGAGAUGGGUUGAUGGCACCCCGAUGGAAAUGGGCACCCCUUUCUGGAGCAUCAGGUCUACCAGAGACUGUCAGCCUCGCACUUACACAUACGGAACUAACUCAACGCGCGUGGCCAACGAAGGGACCUGCUACAACUACGAACAGGCGCCCCACACUCCCGCCGAAGGCCACUGCGCCGCCCUCAACUACGAGAACUACUUCUUCAUGAGCGACGAGAAGUGCCUGGAGCUGAAGAGUCCUCUAUGUGUGUACCCGAAGAAGGUUUAGGCGAUCCGAAGCCACUUUCUGUCCUGUGGUUCUUUGAUUUUUUUCUUUUUCUUUUCAUUUUGUUCUGUUACUUAUUGUUCUCUACUUAGUUUCCUGGCAUUUCUGGCUGUAUUCCGAGUAAGGGCAACUUCUUUAUAUUACUUCUGUAAUUUUACAGGUAGUUUUGUCAGCUGACUGCAAAUAAAAUGUAAAACAAUA